GGCCCUCCGGGGUCCUCGGCGGGGGCGUCUAUUCCACGAGUACACACACAUCACGCAGUCAGUCGUUCGGUUGAGCUCCCAGCGAUUAGUUGUGCGGUUUGGAAAAAAAAUUGGCGGAUUUUUUCACAAUUUGCUACGCCGUGGUGAAAGGUACUUUGGGUUCCGGAAUUGGCCCAAGUGGGCACUUGACAAUAGCGCGAAAGUGGAAUCUUCGGUGCAGAAUUUUACUACCCCUCUUCCGGUUGAGUGUGGGGAGGUGUGAAUUUGCCACAGUGGGGCGGAAUAAAACCCAAGAGAAGGGGUUAUUAUGAAGUGAUCCAUCACAGUGUCUACCCGAAAGGAUUAUAACAAUUGGAGGAGCCUACUUGGUUUGGCCCGAGUGCUGUUGGUGGUGACGAGGAAAGGAUUAUCUUCGGAGAAUCGUAUAUGAGAAGAAAAUGCUACAGCAAGGCUACUACGAUAUCGUGCAGAAUCAUUCGGAAGUAUCUUCAGGAAGUGAAUCAAAUAAUAACACUCCCUUUUCCGUGAAAGAUAUCCUCAACUUGGUCGACCAGAACGCUGCGGCGGCGGCCGCCGCUGAAGCGGACUAUCUCAACUGUCAAAUGGAAAGUGCAACAAACCCCCAUUUGGGCCUGGGUUACUCCGGCUAUGAAAACAUGUACCCGUCGCACACGGAUCCCUACCAAACAAUCCCGCAUGGUUACAUCCCUGCGUCGCAUCAUCACCACGACUAUUCGAGCUACAAUUCAUCACCUACAACAUGCUACGACUAUAAUGCACCGAGCGCGCCUCCACCCCACUAUCACCAUCAUUUAAUCCCGGCCUACAAUUCCUAUCCACAUCCCCAUUCAACGUCUUCGAUCAACGAAAUAACCCCUUCCGGCAGCAGUGGAACCGAUCUCGAGAUGUCCCUCGGAGUUGUCAUCGCGGGGACCAAGGAUUACUCGUUUCACAUCGAGGAGGUUCGCUCUACUAAUCCGGCUGCGAUGAACGUGAAUGCCGCUGAUCCAACGAGCGAUGCCCACAACACUACAAGUAGUCCCCCGAUCGAAGACAUCUCCGCUAGCACCUUAGUGCAAACCACGACCGAGAAAGUGAAGACCGAGCCCAGCUUUAACGCCGCUACGAGUAAUCCGAACCGAGUAACCUCCGAGCAUGUCCAGGAGCUGGACAGCUUGUGUCAGAUGAAUGGCAGCGAGGAGGAGACGAUACAAAAGGAAUGCAACACUCAGCUGGUCACAAGCUCUCGGUGCGAACUGCGCAAGAACGGUAAACUACGGGCCAAGCGGAAGCCCCGUAUACUCUUUUCCCAGGGUCAGGUGUUGGAGCUGGAGCGAAGAUUCCGACAGCAGCGAUAUCUUUCCGCACCCGAGCGGGAAACUUUGGCGGGGAUUCUGAAGCUAACUCCAACACAGGUAAAAAUCUGGUUCCAAAAUCGACGCUACAAAUCGAAACGCAUGCAGAUCGAGAAUGCCACCAGCCUCGAGAAGGAAGCGACGCUUGGCAGCAGCAAAAAUGGGGACCACGGGAAUAGCCCUUCGUCGGUGGAGUUUGUCGAGGAGGGCGUGGGCGUUGGAUAUUCUGCGGUUGGUUACGGAACGGUUGGUGCGCUGCCAACGGAGCCACCGCCUCCACCUCCCUAUCCGGCGUUCGGGAUUCAAUACAGCAGCGAACAGUACGGACCCCCGCCGAAUCCGUAUUACGACCAGAAGGGGUACUGGUAAAACAGCCGAAGGUAGCCUUAUUUUGUAAAUAUGAUUAGGAGUAGGAUUAGCGAAGCCAAAUAUUUGAAAGUACUAGACCAAAGAUGAAAAACGUUGUGCGUAGUGAUGGAGUGUAAAUGUUAUCCAUUUAGAUAGAUCAGGAAAUAAACAGAUUGAUGAAAUCAUGA